UGAAGAACCAUAUGUUAGUAACAAUAGGCUACAUAUUUAUACAUAAUGUGCCUCCAGAUUUUCCUUUGUGAUUAUUGUCCCCUCUUACCUAUCUCCCCCUUUCCCUGCAGAUGCGCCGCCUCAUCAUCUUGUCUGUGAUUGCCUCCUCCCUCUUUCUCCAUGGCGGGGCUCGCAUCGCCUCUCCUUCGAAGUUAUCUUCCGUCCCUACCCCUGAUUUAUCGUCAUUCCCUUUACCUGAUCUAUCACCCCUCCCUUCCCCUGACCUAUCGCCCCUCCUUCCCCCUAACCUACCUUCCUUCCCUUUACCUGACCUAACUGACCUUCCCUCACCCACUUUACCCCCCCUCAAAUUCCCGGACCUGCCCCCUCUCACCAUCCCUGGCCUGCCGACCCUCCUCUUCGCCGACCUGCCUCUCAACGACAUACCAGCGAUCUCUGCCGACACAUGGAUCAUGGAGGACACGGGCGCUGGGGCUCUUGCAGGUCCCCUAGGCGGCCUGCUUAUUGGGGGCCUCAUCGCGAUCAAUGUGGGAGCGAUCGCCGGCUAUAUCGUCGACAAAUCUGGUGUUCUCAGCAGGAAGGAGAGGCAAGCAGAACCUGUCUCUCAGUUGGCGGAGACUGAAUCCUACAUCCUGUCCGCCGUCAGUCAGGUAGACACUCACGGUUGUAUCCUGAAGCUGCUGUGUCUGCUGGAGGCGAAAAAGGAAUCAGGGGAGACGCUCACGAAGGAGGAAAGACUCUUCGUAACUUUUCUCUCGAACAAAAUGCCGCUUUUCUCCCAAGAGGCAAAUGCAACGGCGCUCAUUACCGAGGAACACGACUCUGAUCGACCUCACAGCGAGGAGGAAUGCAACGCGCUCUUUAGCAACUGCCCUGUUGGAGGACAGUUGCUCAGACGUCUUCUCGGUGUCGUUUGGGGUUUCGGAAUAACCUCGCUCUAAGUUCCGAACGCCACUACCCUACAUGGGCCAAAGAUUAGCCCUCUGAUGCCUUCCGAGGUCAGUCCUUAUAUCAUAAUGGGACUCUGGGUUCACCUCCAUAAUGAUGUGUUGCUAAAAUAGUUUUUUUCGUGAUCCUGUGGAAAAUAGAGUUCCAUAUUCCCUAUUUAUGUGUCCUUUGUUCCGGUCACGUGGGGGAUACUAUUGCACUAUCAUGGAAUACACUUUGUAAGAUGCACUGAGGCUAUUUAUUGUCGUAUUUAUUUAUUUAUUUAUUUAUCUAUUCCCACCUCUGUAUAAUAGGAUGUCUUAAAUAACUUUACAUUGUACUAACCCUUCGUGCUGGUCACUCUAGACACAUUGCUGUAAGAAGAAUACAUUAACCAUGAUGACUAUGACAAAAAAACUCAAACUGUUUAAUUGAUCUCUCUUCUGACGUCAUUUUCUACGAUACAGUCUGUUCAUACUUACUGCUGUUAUUUAUAUAAUGUUAAUCAAUAUUACAAUACAAUGAUAUUGUUGAUUAUUCUUGUG